CAGGCACCGAGUGGGUCACCUCACGUGACGGCGUUUAUGCUCACGAAGGACCCAGAAACGGCGGCUCAUCGUCGGCUUCCCGGAGUUGGAAGGGAAUUAUCAGUGUAAAUGCAACAUUAUCCAUCUAAAAUCAGAAUCAUCUUAUCAAACACGCCGUUUUGAGACGGGCUAAGUGCUCCGUUUGCAGCCCCUGAAGAACCUUGUGGGGGAAGCCACAGAAAGGGAGCCAUGUUUCUGUACAACAUCACCCUGCAGCGCGCCACAGGCAUCACUCAUGCCAUCCAUGGAAACUUCUCAGGAACCAAGAUGCAGGAAAUUGUCGUCUCCAGGGGAAAGAUUUUAGAAUUGUUGCGACCAGAUGCCAACACAGGAAAGGUGCACACGCUGCUUACGGUGGAGGUGUUCGGCAUUGUAAGGUCCCUGAUGGCCUUCAGGCUCACUGGAGGAACCAAAGACUACAUUGUUGUUGGAAGUGACAGUGGUCGCAUCGUCAUCCUGGAAUAUCAUCCAUCAAAGAACAUGUUUGAGAAGAUCCACCAGGAAACAUUUGGGAAGAGCGGCUGCAGACGCAUUGUCCCUGGACAGUUCCUAGCUGUUGACCCAAAAGGCAGAGCUGUUAUGAUAGGAGCGAUAGAGAAACAGAAGCUGGUUUACAUCCUGAACAGAGAUGCAGCUGCACGAUUGACCAUCUCCUCUCCAUUGGAAGCCCAUAAAGCAAACACGCUGGUCUACCAUGUGGUAGGAGUCGAUGUCGGGUUUGAAAAUCCCAUGUUUGCCUGCCUCGAGAUGGACUAUGAGGAAGCUGACAAUGACCCAACAGGAGAAGCUGCCGCCAACACGCAGCAGACGCUCACUUUUUAUGAGUUGGACCUCGGUUUGAAUCACGUCGUCCGCAAGUACAGUGAGGCUUUGGAGGAGCAUGGGAAUUUCCUCAUCACUGUCCCUGGAGGUUCGGACGGGCCCAGCGGGGUUCUGAUCUGCUCUGAAAACUACAUCACGUACAAGAAUUUUGGAGACCAGCCUGACAUUCGCUGUCCCAUCCCACGACGCAGGAAUGACCUGGAUGACCCGGAGCGUGGCAUGAUAUUUGUCUGCUCGGCCACCCACAAAACCAAGUCCAUGUUCUUCUUCCUGGCCCAGACUGAGCAAGGAGACAUUUUUAAGGUUACCCUGGAAACAGAUGAAGAAAUGGUCACAGAAAUAAGGCUGAAGUACUUUGAUACGAUCCCCGUGGCAACAGCCAUGUGCGUCCUGAAGACUGGCUUCUUGUUUGUCUCUUCAGAGUUUGGAAACCAUUACCUUUACCAGAUCGCCCACCUGGGUGAUGAUGACGAUGAGCCAGAGUUCUCCUCUGCAAUGCCCCUGGAAGAGGGAGACACAUUUUUCUUCCAGCCUCGGCCCCUCAAAAACCUUGUGCUGGUGGACGAACAGGAGAACUUGUCACCCAUCAUGUCCUGUCAGAUUGCAGAUUUGGCCAAUGAAGAUACACCACAGUUGUAUGUCGCCUGUGGACGAGGGCCCCGAUCUACUUUGAGGGUCCUUAGACAUGGACUGGAGGUAUCAGAGAUGGCUGUGUCUGAGCUACCUGGUAACCCCAAUGCUGUGUGGACAGUACGCAGACAUGUUGAAGAUGAAUUCGAUGCCUACAUCAUUGUCUCUUUCGUGAAUGCUACCCUGGUCCUGUCCAUCGGGGAGACUGUAGAGGAAGUGACAGAUUCUGGGUUUCUUGGAACAACGCCCACUCUCUCCUGCUCACUGCUCGGUGAAGACGCCCUGGUGCAGGUGUACCCAGACGGUAUCCGCCACAUCCGAGCAGACAAGCGUGUGAAUGAGUGGAAAACACCUGGCAAAAAAACCAUUGUCCGCUGUGCUGUGAACCAGCGACAGGUUGUUAUUGCACUAACUGGAGGGGAGCUGGUCUACUUUGAGAUGGACCCGUCCGGCCAGCUGAACGAGUACACGGAACGGAAGGAGAUGUCUGCAGAUGUGGUUUGUAUGAGCCUGGCUAAUGUUCCGCCUGGUGAGCAGCGUUCAAGAUUCCUGGCCGUGGGACUGGUUGACAACACUGUCCGAAUCAUCUCCCUGGACCCUUCGGAUUGCCUGCAGCCAUUGAGCAUGCAGGCCUUGCCAGCCCAGCCAGAGAGUCUGUGUAUUGUCGAGAUGGGAGGAGUUGAGAAACAGGAUGAGCUUGGAGAAAAGGGAACCAUCGGCUUCCUCUACCUCAACAUAGGACUUCAGAAUGGUGUGCUGCUGAGGACUGUACUGGACCCAGUGACAGGGGACCUAUCAGAUACCAGAACACGCUAUCUGGGUUCAAGACCUGUCAAACUCUUCAGAGUCAGGAUGCAGGGACAGGAAGCUGUUCUGGCAAUGUCCAGUCGCUCGUGGCUCAGCUACUCAUACCAGUCUCGCUUCCAUCUGACCCCACUGUCGUAUGAGACUCUGGAGUAUGCCUCUGGCUUUGCCUCCGAGCAAUGCCCUGAAGGCAUAGUGGCCAUCUCCACCAACACGCUGAGAAUCUUGGCGUUGGAGAAAUUAGGAGCCGUCUUCAACCAGGUCGCCUUUCCUCUGCAGUACACUCCCAGGAAAUUUGUAAUCCAUCCGGAGACCAACAACCUCAUUUUGAUCGAGACUGACCACAAUGCAUACACUGAGGCAACCAAAGCUCAGAGAAAGCAGCAGAUGGCUGAGGAGAUGGUGGAGGCCGCUGGUGAGGAUGAAAGAGAACUGGCUGCUGAGAUGGCUGCUGCCUUCCUCAAUGAGAAUCUUCCAGAAGCCAUUUUUGGUGCACCCAAAGCUGGAGCAGGACAGUGGGCCUCACUUGUGCGUCUCGUCAACCCCAUACAGGGUUCAACACUGGACCAGGUGCAGUUGGAACAGAACGAAGCUGCGUUCAGUGUUGCAGUGUGUCGUUUCCCCAACACAGGAGAUGAUUGGUAUGUUCUGGUGGGUGUUGCAAGAGACAUGAUUCUCAACCCCAGAUCAGUGGGCGGCGGUUUCAUCUACACCUAUCGACUCACUGGUGGAGGGGAGAAGCUGGAGUUUGUGCACAAGACCCCAGUAGAGGAUGUCCCUCUGGCCAUUGCUCCGUUCCAGGGACGAGUCCUGGUGGGAGUUGGGAAACUGCUGAGAAUCUAUGACCUGGGCAAAAAGAAGCUGCUUCGCAAGUGUGAAAACAAGCACGUUCCCAACCUGGUGACUGGCAUCCAUACCAUCGGCCAGCGGGUGAUUGUGUCUGACGUUCAGGAGAGCCUGUUUUGGGUUCGUUACCGACGCAAUGAGAACCAGCUCAUCAUCUUUGCUGAUGACACGUAUCCUCGCUGGGUGACCACAGCCUGUCUGCUGGACUAUGACACCAUGGCCUCUGCUGACAAGUUUGGGAACAUCAGCAUAGUGCGUUUGCCCCCCAACACGAGUGAUGAUGUGGAUGAAGACCCCACAGGGAACAAAGCUUUAUGGGACAGAGGCCUCCUUAAUGGAGCAUCACAGAAGGCAGAGGUGGUAGUGAACUACCACGUAGGAGAGACCGUGUUAUCCCUCCAGAAAACCACUCUUAUCCCUGGAGGUUCAGAGUCCCUGGUCUACACCACUCUGUCUGGAGGCAUCGGCAUACUGGUCCCAUUCACCUCACAUGAGGACCAUGACUUCUUCCAGCAUUUAGAGAUGCAUAUGCGCUCUGAGUUCCCUCCACUAUGUGGCAGAGACCAUCUCAGCUUUAGAUCCUACUACUUCCCAGUUAAGAAUGUGAUAGAUGGAGAUCUGUGUGAGCAGUUCAACAGUAUGGACCCUCACAAACAGAAAAGUGUGGCAGAAGAGCUGGACAGAACGCCACCUGAAGUCUCUAAAAAACUGGAGGACAUUCGCACUCGCUACGCAUUCUAAAUCGUACACCUUCAUAAAGCAGGGGUGGACAGAUCAUAGCACGCUUGCUGUGCUGCAGUAUGACCUUUUGGACACAGACUGACAGACACGUCUGGGUUGUUAUAUGACUGACUGUGGGCAGACACAUGUUAGAACAUGGAAACUUACCAGAAGUUAUAACUUGUAUUUCCCCCUGCAUCGCUCAGCUGUGAUGCACCUAUUUCAAAGUGUGAACAAUCACCCCCAAUGCUGUGUCAGCUGCAUUACUGUCAUCCCAUCCAUGUAUAAACAAUUACUGAAAAUUUUCUCUAAGCUUUGUCACACCUCCGCUGUGUUGCUGAUUCUGCAGAAACCACACACACACAUAGCUGACCCACAAGACACCAUAACAUGGAAACAUUACAGCCUUGGCCGUUGUUCUACUGUGUUCCCACAGUUGCCUCCAUUCACACUUUGCAGCUGUGUGAACAGAAUUCACAUGCACCCGAUUUUGUCGAGCAACCGCGCUGCCGUCUGCACCCUCAGAGUACAUUCAUACUCUGCCCAAAUCAUUUGUCAUCAUCUGUGAGCAAGUGAAUUUUAUUUAAUAGCCUUUUAGCUCAUGCCAAGCAGAAGAGUCUCAUGGACACGAUGUGUAGAUAGAUCGCAGCCUGGGCAGAAGAUCUUUGAAAGCUGAGUGUUUUUAGUGUCUGUUAUUUAGGUGUUUUUCAGUUUGUGUUCUCUAUCUUUGAUCUCAGCAAAAUUAAAUAAACAUGUUUUUGUAUGGUAUGAUUUUUUUUUUAUGUGUAAUGAACUGAUUAGAACAAUCUGUUAUGAUGCAUAUACCACAUUCCAAGAUUAGGUCUUUGUUAGCCCCUCGACUACCCAUCUGUUAUCUGCAGGUAGCAUGUCGGCCCCGGCCUCACUAAAGCAUAUUACUGAUUUGCAACUGGAACCAAACAGAAGCCAGCAUCUAACCCACUCUAAGCCUCAGGCCACAGUGCAAGAAGUGUCGCCAUGCUGUGGCAUUAGACACUGGCUGAACUCAGACUAAAUAAGUGGGUGGAAGAAUACUGAACGUUAGCACUGGGUGUUGUUCUUCUCAGUCCUGUAAAUUCCCAACCUCAGACAUAGCAUUCCUUAGUAGUCACUGAAUUUAGGGGUUUGUGGGAUGGGGGCAGUGGUCUGUUUUGUAAAUAAAGUUGGGUUUUUUUGUGUGUGCUUUAUAA